UGAGAUUUGAUGGAGUAGAAGGGGACAGAAUAGACAUCCGCCCGGAAAUACAGGGGGUGCCGUACAGACCCUCCUCCACUUUUCAGUCCAUGAUAUUUUAUUGGAAAAAAAUUAAAAACACACUCUCAUUACUCUCUCUCUCUCUCUCUCUCUCUCUCUCUCUCUCUGUGUCUCUCUCACACUGUCUUUCUGCCACACAUCACACCCAGCAGUUGCAGCGUUGCAGCAGCUGCAGCAGUGCUGCAGUGCAGCUAAGCCUGCAGACAGAAAAAAUUUAAUCUUUUUUUAUAUGAAAAGAGAACAGCAACAAAGCCCCAUAUUAAUUAUGUGAUUUGCUUAUUAAAUUCUGUUUUCUUUUUUCUCUCUUCAAGUUAAAAAAGGCUUUAAGCUUUGAUUUGAUACCCAAAAGCCCAUCCACAAUUCACACACACAACACAAACAGUGGUACACUCUUUCUCACCUCAAGAAGGAAAAGAAAAAGAAAAGAGCAGAAAAGAAAAGAAGAAAAGAAAAUUAAGCAGGCAGAGAGAGAAAGACACAAGAGCAAAGGGAGAAAGAAAAGAGAGGUGGGCUGUGGUGUGUCUUUUUGAGCUUCUUUUAGCAAAUGCCAAAGUUGCACUUAAUUAACCUCCUCCUCAUCACCCCUCUCAAAAUGCAGACAUGAAACCUCCUCCUAUGCUCUCUUCUUAUUCACACACCUCCUCCUUCUUUCUCUUCUUCAUAUUGUAAACAGCAGAACAAGAGCAAAAGCAAAGUCCUUCUCUUCCUCUUCCUUCUCUUCUUGUUGUUGGGUCCGUACAAUUUUUGUUUAUUUCCACAUGGGGGGUCUAAUCGAUCUGAACAGUGCAACGGAGGACGAGGAAACGCCGUCGUCUGGUUCGUCUUCAACUUCCUCUGCUUCUGACGCUUCGGCUUCGGCUUCGGCUUCGGUGUGCUUGGAGCUGUGGCACGCGUGUGCGGGCCCACUGAUUUCGCUGCCAAAGAAAGGGAGUGUGGUAGUGUAUCUUCCACAGGGCCACUUGGAGCAAGUCUCUGAUUUUCCAGCUUCGGCUUAUAAUCUCCCACCUCACCUUUUCUGUCGCGUUGUUGAUGUCAAGCUCCAUGCUGAGACUGGUACCGACGAUGUGUAUGCGCAGGUUUCACUUGUUCCUGAAAGUGAGGAAAUUGAACACAAACUGCGGGAAGGGGAAACUGAUGCAUAUGGUGAGGAGGAGGAUGUCGAAGCAAUUGGGAAGUCAACCACACCCCAUAUGUUCUGCAAAACCCUUACUGCUUCUGAUACUAGCACUCAUGGAGGCUUCUCCGUCCCUCGUCGUGCUGCUGAGGAUUGUUUUCCUCCCCUGGAUUACAAUCAACAAAGGCCUUCACAAGAACUCGUAGCAAAGGAUCUGCAUGGCCUGGAGUGGAGGUUCAGACAUAUUUAUAGGGGGCAGCCACGAAGGCAUUUGCUCACCACUGGAUGGAGUGCAUUUGUGAACAAGAAGAAGCUCGUCUCUGGAGAUGCAGUGCUGUUUCUCAGGGGUGAUGAUGGAGAACUGAGGCUAGGAAUUAGAAGGGCAGCCCAGGUUAAAGGGUCCGCUACUUAUCCAACUCUUUGUAGCCAGCAAUUAAACUAUAACACUAUCACGGACGUGGUGAAUGCUAUAUCCAUGAAGAAUGCAUUUAACAUCUUCUACAAUCCAAGAGCCAGCUCAUCAGAAUUCAUAAUACCUUCCCGUAAAUUUUUGAGGUCCCUUGAUCAUUCCUUUUCACCUGGAAUGCGGUUCAAAAUGCGUUUUGAAACAGAAGAUGCAGCAGAGCGAAGAUACACUGGGCUGAUAACUGGAAUUAGUGAAUUGGAUCCUGUAAGAUGGCCUGGUUCAAAAUGGAGAUGUCUAGUUGUAAGGUGGGAUGAUAUAGACACAAGUAAGCAUGGCAGGGUUUCCCCAUGGGAAAUCGAGCCAUCUGGUUCUGUUUCAAGUUCCCAUAGCUUAAUGGCAGCUGGUUUGAAGAGGGCCAGGAGUGGCUUGUCUGCAGCAAAAACAGAAUUUCCAGUUCCUAAUGGGAUUGGAGCAUCAGACUUUGGGGAAUCUUUAAGGUUCCAGAAGGUCUUGCAAGGUCAAGAAAUUUUAGGUUUUGAUACUCAUUUUGGUGGUUUAGGUGGUCAGAAUCAACAUCCAUCUGAACCAAGGAGGGGUUUUCAUGGUUCUAGUGGUUCUGGGAUUGCUGCUGGAGGUAAUGGUCUCAGAAAGUCACUUGCGCACUCUGAGAUUACCUCAACCGGCAUAGGCUUUGGUGAAUCAUUCCGAUUCCAUAAGGUCUUGCAAGGUCAAGAAAUAUUUCCAAGCCCACCAUAUGGAAGAGCUUCCACUAAUAACGAGGCUCAUGAAUAUGGUGGCCCUGGAAUUUAUGAUGGUUUUCAGGUGCCAAGCUUUAGAAAUGGGUGGCCUGCCAUGAUGCAGAGCAAUAAUGCACACGUGCGCCCAUCUGCCUCGUCUGUGCAAGUUUCAUCACCAUCGUCUGUGUUAAUGUUCCAGCAAGCAAUGAAUCCAGGCCCGGAAUUCAAUUCAGUAUACAAUGGUCAUAACCAGGAGGAACAGAGAGUUAUAAAACGGACUCCAUAUGUCUCUGAAUCAGAUGGCGGAAAGCAAGCAUCAUCCUCAUUUUGUGAACGUAGCUUCAGCAGGGAAGAUCAUGGAGGCAUGAAUUCUUACAAUCAACAUGGUAUCUCAAAUCAUCCUGUAAUAAGUCAAUCAACAUUUAGUGGCAGUCAGGAUGCGGUUUCACCAUACAAAGGCAGCUGUAGACUCUUUGGUUUCUCAUUGUCUGAGGAAAAACGUGUCCCAGACAGAGAGAGCAACUCCACCUCAACUGCAUCUACAUUAAAUCCUGGAGUGCAGUUUCAUUCAAAGCCUGCAUUGAUGACAUCAGCAGUUGGAAUUACCUGUACCAAAGAAUGGGCUUUUGACUGGCGUGGAGAAAGGAUGGAAAGCUGUUUACAAGGAUAGCGAUGAUACAAUGGCUUGUUGCAGAAGAUCAAAGGCAGUAACUAGAAAUGUUUCCAUAAUGUCAAUAAUUAUGCUAUGUACAAGCGAAGUCUCUUGGCAACUGAGAUUUUGUGCAGAUUAUCCGUGUGCUGUCGUUUAUGUAACUUAACUUUCGAGGUAAAAAUUGUAACUAAGCGCCUCAAGUGACUUUGAUUGUAUUGUUAAUUCAGCUUUGAAAACAACAGAGUUUGUAGAAUCUAUGUAUUGCCUCUCAUAUGAUAGCCCUGUUGGAAAGAGGGGCCUAUCCAAACUGAGCAAAUUCUAUCCACGCAAUUACAAUUGUUAAUUAAAUUAUUCCUCUUCCCUACAA